AUGAAGGUGUUAUUGAUAUCUCAAGAUCUAUGGACGAUUAUAGAAGAAGGAUAUAGAGAACCAGCUGCUGGAGCAUCAAAAAGUGAUCCGAAUAAUCACAAAGAAACGGUUAAGAAGGACAAGAAGGCUCUGCAUACUAUGUUUCAAGCGGUCAAUGAAACAGUAUUUGAACGAAUUGCAACAAGCAAAACGUCAAAGGAAGCAUGGGAUAUUCUUCACAAGGCUUACAGAGGGGAACACAGAGUCAAAACGGUAAAACUCCAAACUUUAAGAUGUGAAUUAGAUGCAUUACGAUCGAAAGACAGUGAAACAAUAGAAGAAUAUGUUAACAGAACAACGGUGAUAGUUAAUCAAUUACGUUUAAACGAAGAAAAUAUCACCGAACAACGAAUCAUUGAGAAAAUUCUUCGUACUUUAACACGAAAAUAUGAAUCGGUGGUAGUAGCAAUAGAAGAAUCCAAAGAUCUGUCUGCUAUAACCACUGAAGAAUUACUCGGAAUAUUACAAUCUCAUGAAUUGAGACUCAAACAAUACGAUGAUGUUCCAAUAGAACAAGCGUUUCAAGUACAGAAUGCCAACCAAGAUCGAUCAAGACCUUUCAGAUCAGAUUACUCUGGUAGAGGAAGAAGUAGGGGAAGAGGAAGAACUAAUGGACAAAUUCGUUGCCAUAAUUGCCAAAAAUUAGGGUAUACAACACGUUUUUGUCAGAAGAGGGAUGAGAGUGAUAAGAACAAUAGUGUUCUAUUACAUGAAGAUGAAACCGAUGAGGGAAAUGAUGAAACACUGUUUAUGAUUUUCAGUAUGGAAGAAGUUACAAAAGAGGAUUGCUGGUAUUUAGAUAGUGGAUGUAGCAAUCACAUGACCGGAAAUAAGAGACUAUUUACUACCCUAAAUGAGUCUGAAAGAAGAGAAGUAAGGACCGGUGAUAAUAAGAGACUCGAAGUCCUGGGUAGUGGUGAUGUAACAAUCAAAGUGAGAGGUGUAGAGAAGAAGGUACCCAACGUUUUCUACGUAGAAGGUCUAAAACAUAAUCUUUUGAGUGUAGGACAACUCAUGCAAAAGGGAUAUGAAGUAAACUUUCAUAAUCAUGCAUGUGUUAUCAAAGAUCCGACAGGGAUGCCUAUAGGAACUGUCAAGAUGACGGAAACAAGAUGUUCCCUCUAA